AUGGGUGAAUUCAGAGGUUUCAAUCCCACUAUUCCAGAUGUGUUGCCACAUGAGAAGAUGUAUAAUCUUCAAAUUGGUGAUAAGUUAUUCGUUUUAAGUGGUGCUUCAUUAUCAUCUGAUGCUCCAUCAUAUUUCACAAACUACUUCCUAGAGAGAACUGAAGAUAAACCUUUAUUCAUUGAUAGAUCGCCUCAAAGUUUCCAAUACAUUUACAAUCAUUUACAAGGAUAUCAUAGUGAAAUUCCAAAUGGUGAUAUUUUCACAAAAGUUUAUAGUGAUUCGAUAUAUUAUAACCUACCAAGGUUGAAAGAACUAUUAUCAAAAGAUGAGUAUUACUAUGUUGAAGUCAUGAAUGAAUGUAUCAAAGUUCCUAAAGUUGUAUUGAGAUCAGAAGGAAAUUUUCCAAAUUUUUUCAACAUUACAUUUGAAGCAUUAUACAGAGAUCUUAGUGAAUUAAUGAUAUCCAGAAAAUUGAUAAGACCUCCUCCACAGGCUGCUCCACAGUUGAAUAGAGAUGCUGGAUUGUUAAAAGAUUUGAUUAAAUUGUUACAGGGCGUUGAAUUGGAAAUGACAAAUGAUUAUAAGAAAGUGUUGAGAAAAGAGGCAAGAUAUUAUAGAUUUAAUGCAUUGGUGGAGAAGCUCAGUUAUGUAAAGAUUAUAAAGAAUCCUAUAAUUUUAGAAGAAUCAAUUAUUGUUAAUUAUAAUGAUGUUGCUUAUAAAAACUUUACAAUU